AUGCCUAUCUUCAAGAAUCCCAAGCGUCCAAAAGAUGCCAGUCCUCCCAAGGACGAGAAGGUAGUACGGAAGAAGUCCCCACAAAUACUGGGAAAAAUCGAGAACUUUGAGAUACCACUGUCUCCGCAAGGCUGGAAGAAACUUAGGCAGGCAGGCGGGUUGCAGCAUCUAUCGAUCAACACCUUAUCUAAAGAUUUGUUUGGGUCUGCUUCAAGACCAUCCAACAAGCAAUAUGUGAUGCUACGUUGCUAUUCGCCUGGGACCUUAGCUCCCGCCAAAUUCGGCAAGAAGAUGGGCAAGUUUGGCUUCGAUGAGGCCCUGAUGGGACAGGCUGCAAAUUUGCUUAGUCAAUCCCAAGACUGGAAGAGGUAUAUCAGGACUAUUGAGGAGGAGAUACCGACCCACAGCCUCAGGGAAACACAAGAUACCCUUUGGCCUGGAUCAUUCAUGGCAGCAAAGCGGCUGCAGGAGCAAACAGCCACGGUCGAAGGAACGCACGAUCGAACCAGACAAGCCUGCGGGAGAGCAGUCGAAGAAUACAGUGAUGCCGAAGAUGAGGCAACACCGAAUGCAGCACUUCUCGUGUUGCUUCAGCAAAUUACCCACUUGGUAGAUAACACAGGCCUUGAAUGGGUGCUCAACAGGACUCACUUUCUUGCAAAGUUUGAUGGGGAGCGAAAAUAUAACGCCUACACAGACGGUGCGCUACGCUCUACAAAACAUUCCGAUGUUUUCUCGAUAGUCGAGACUAAGAGGACCGUGCGGGACAGAGCAAAGCCGGCUAUCAUCGCGCAAGAAGCCUGCGAGCUCGUCGCAUGGCUGAUGACAUCACCAAAAUCGGCCAAUUUUAACGACCACUUUCUUCUAUUUUCUCAAGAUCGGCACCAGAUCUUCCUGACUUUUGCAAAGUACAAGAAGGAACUAGAGGAUUACCUCAAGGAAAACAAAGCUACAGAAGAAUUUCUGGUUAUGGAGACAUUUGGGCCCUGGGAUGCGGAAAAUUCCUCUCAUAUUGUCCAUUUCGCCAAGAUUGUCAUUGCGGCGAUUUUGAUCGCUCAAGCCACCAGUUGA